AUGGUACAACAUUUACCCUCCGAAUUGUUACAAAAAAUAUUUUCCUAUUUUUCACCAGAAGACAUUAAAAUUCUUCACGCCUGCAUUCUUGUUAACCGUCAAUGGUGCAGAAAUGCUGUCGCCUUACUGUGGCUGAAUCCUUUCCUGACUUCUUCUUCUCCAAAGAUUAUUUCAACUUAUGUAUCUUUUCUUAGCGAUGAUGUAAAGAAGAAUGUGGGCAUCAGGGAAUCAGAGUACUGCGGUCAUUCUCUUUUUGACUAUCCGGCAUUUCUCAGAGAGUUCGAUUUUAAAUGUGUGAAUCGAGCAGUUUCAGCAUGGCUUCUGAGUAGAAAACCACUGAAAGAGAAAAAUAUGUGCGAUUCAAGUGACAAAAGCGACAAUGCAAAAUCAUUAUCGACGUCCUUACUUCUCUUUCAAGAAAUUUGCAAAGUCUUAUUAACUCGAUCUCGGCACAUAAGCAGCUUCACCAUUGAUGUGACUGAAUUUGAUCCAUCCGCAGAUUUAUUAUAUCAGACCAUCAACUUAUGUGAAAUAAACCUAUCGCGAUUGGGAAACCUCGUUCUCUCGGGAAACUUCAAUAAGUCACGCGUUCUAUGUGCAUUCGAUAAGGUAUCCCGAAACAUUCGUUCGCUCACCAUUGCUGAGGAUACUCGAAAUGGUCCAUCCACCGAGGUAGUGACGCCGAUGCAACCUAUGGCUGAUUUCAUUACAGCGCAGCACCGAUUGACCGAAUUUACGCUGGAACAGUGUAUUCACUUUACCGAUAUCUUACCGGCAUUGACGACCCAGGAGGCUACCUUGACGCAUGUGAUUUUUCGGAAUUGCUGGUUUCGUAAUCACAUAAUAGGUGAUGCGUUAUCAAAUCUUCGAGGGUGCAAGAAUUUGGUUUCACUUCGAUUUGAACAAUGUUUCGCACUGAUUAAUAAUGUGUUGAAACCACUAUCGAAGGUACGAUACCCAAAGCUAGAAUACUUUGAGUAUUCACCCCAAGCCUGGUCCUAUUCAGAAUGGGAUCAUUUUAGCAGGGAAUUGCCAAAAAAUGAACUUUCUUCGUUCCUAUCGAUAAACGGGUCGCAUUUGAAAGAACUCAAAUUGGGUAACAUGCUUCAUUGUUGUCCCGAGCUUAUUGAAGAUGUCGUAUUAUAUGGAUCAAAUCUGCGAACUCUUGAGGUCAAUAUGAAUAAUCUCGAGAGACAAAUAUUUCCGAUAUUGUUGGCAUGUAGACGUCUUGAAAGAUUGACCGUUCCAAAAGUUUCAAGGGCUUUCAGAUGUGAUGUAGAUUAUUUGUUGCCAGAUAUUGGACGUCGGAUGCCAUCCAGCUUGUCUCACCUGGAUUUACGCGGAUGGCCAUUUGCUCCUUCAGGAUUGAAGUCUUUUUUACAAGAAUUUGGAAAGCAGAUUAAGUUUCUUGCUUGGAAUGACACAGCAUCCAUCAAUCGUUACUCGGGUGUCAUAAAGGAAUAUACUGGAACUGCUGGGGGAUUAAUCAAGAAACUUCAUAUGCAAGGCGCAUGCGAUGAUAACAAUGAUCCCUAUGUAUUUCUUCAGGCGAUUCAUGAGUUUGAUUGA